CACCAGCUGCGUAAAAUGAAUGUUUACCAAACAGCUAAAACUAGCAGCCAUCAUCAAGCUUGUGACGACAAAACCACGGUCGUAGACACGUGCAUGUCAUUGAGCAUCCAUUGCCCCUCGAUUUCCUCAUUAAAUUGUCUUGUUUGGAGUUUUUCUUCACCUGCUAGAAUGGGUAAAACAAAGAAGACAAGAAAAAUUGUGGAGAAACGAUUUGCUCAGAUGAAGAAAAUGCUGAGUCCCAGCGAUUCCAGAAUAAAAGCUGAUAAAAGAGCGCCCCCCAAAAAGAAAAAGCCCGAGAACCCACAUGAACUGAAAAUGAAACAAGUCACUCAAACCUCGUCAGCACUUUUCUUCCAAUACAAUACUCAGCUUGGGCCUCCAUACCACAUCAUCGUAGACACCAAUUUCAUCAACUUCUCAAUCAAGAACAAAUUAGAUGUUGCUAAGAGUAUGAUGGACUGCCUUUAUGCAAAAUGCAUUCCUUAUGUGACUGACUGUGUGAUCGGAGAAUUGGAGAAGUUAGGCCAAAAGUACAGAAUUGCGCUGAGCAUCUUGAAAGAUCCAAAGUUUGAGAGAUUAGCCUGCACCCACAAAGGCACCUACGCUGAUGAUUGUAUUGUUCAAAGGGUCACUCAGCACAAAUGCUACAUUGUUGCUACUUGCGACAAAGAUCUAAAAAACCGUAUCAGGAAAAUACCUGGAGUACCCAUUAUGUACAUAUCCCAGAGGAGAUACACCAUUGAGAGGAUGCCUGAUGCCUAUGGUGCCCCACGAACAUAACCUUUUUGACCACCUGGAUACAAAGAAUUGAUUUAAAAUAAAUUGAAUUUAAAUUUAAAUAAAGGUUCCGUUUAUAUCUACAAA